AUGAGGGAUACAAGGCCAAAGAAGAAGCGGAGAGGUGGACCUCGUAGUAGAACAGGUGACGAGCCAAACAAUGACGCGAUGAAUGAUGCGCCGUUGCUCGUUGACGUCUUCAGGACACGUAUGAAUGAUCUUGACCUCCCGGGAGACUCGUUAUUAGGUCAGAAUUACAUACCCGUGACUGGAAUUACACCACCAGGACCGACCGAGACGAACGGUCGGAAGAAGAUACGCUUGACUCCGGAGAGCGCGUUUCUACUGCAAGCCUAUGUGCGCACCGUAGCUACCUGGAUGGACAUCUUUGAUCAUACUUUGCGCUCCGAAGACUAUCGCCGUCACUUUCUAGGCCUGACGAUACUUAUCAAGUCGCGACAUGUCACUGCACAGUCGAGCGGGACGGAUCUUGCGAAUUUCUGGAUCUAUAUUCGGCACGAGAUUGUAGUAGCCAUGGCAAGCGAACAGCCACUAAUACUAAACCCUGCAGAGUGGGAGGUAUCUUGGAUUGAGGGCGAGACUAGAGAAGAUGUGCUCGGCAACCAUGUUCUCUGGAUACUAGCAAGAGUAAUCAAUCUCAUCUUUGGACCGGACGGACGAACAGCAGCUGGUAAAGAACAACGCCAAAACUUCUUGCACGAGAUCGAAAUGUGGCGACAGGGACUCUCCGAUACCUUUGUGGGUAUUGGAUAUGGUGACAAAGACACAGAUGGCUUUCGUAAAGUGUACUUCCCUGUUGCUGCCGCUGCCGCUGCAGCCUUUUGUGCGUACAUGCGUCCAGAGCUUCAGGAUGAAGCCUAUAUACCUCUAAUCCAAGAGCAGGCUAUGAGAAUUACUGACAUAGCCAUAUCGGAUUUCCCUCCAGCGUUGAUGGUGUUCUCUACGCAUGGUUUGUUCUAUGCUGCGAAACAUAUUCACGGCAUAUCUAGGAAGGCAAGAAUCUGGAACAUACUGAACGAAGUCGAGCGUCAAACCGGAUACAAUACAGGAACGACUGUAAGGCUCCUUCAGACUCUGGUUGAAGAAGAUGCACAACGCCGCAGCGGAAGCAUGCCAUGA